UUAUUAUGCAAACUACGAAUCUCUUUUCUUGCUCCGCGUUUCGGAUAACAUCAUUGAACAGCGACUGCCGAUUCUCCAGUUGCUAUAAAUACCGCUGCUGUAUCAACGUGCCUCCUACAAUUCACUCUCACUCACUCACUCACUCACUCGCACACGACGAUUCAAUUUUUCUCCUUUUCCAUUCACUAAUUCCGCGAGAAUGGCAGCACCCGGAGCGAUUCGCGAGAGCGAGGGAUCAGCCAACAGCCUUGAAAUCGACGCUCUAGCUCGUUUCGCCCUCGACGAACACAACAAGAAGCAGAAUUCUCUGUUGGAGUUCAAAAAGGUGUCGAAUGUGAAGCAGCAAGUUGUUGCGGGCACAAUGUACUACAUAACGCUGGAGGCGGCCGACGGAGGCCACAACAAAGUCUACGAGGCCAAGGUUUGGGUGAAGCCAUGGAUGGACUUCAAGGAAGUUCAGGAAUUCAAGCACGUCGGCGACGCUUGAUUUCAGUUCUUGCUGCCCAUCAGACGAUACCAUAUUGUAAAAUAAAGAUAUCGCAGCUUGGACUCAACUUGAAUAAUGUUGUAAGUUUGUUUGAAGGGCAUCUGAUUAAUUUCCAACAAAUCUUCUAACUUGAUGCAACUCUACUUUGUAGUUCUCGUGAUCAUGAAGUAGUAUAUGUUGAUGCUUGUUUGUUUAUUA